UAAUAGCACUGAUAAACUCAUUUUCAGGGUUCAUUUUUUUCUAUUAAAGUGAUUGUAGAAUUGAGAUUUGUUUUGUUUUGACUUGAAUAAAUGAGCUUUAGUUUAGUUUGAGUUUAUUUAGUUUGAUUUGAUGUUCUGAUCUCAGUUGUUAUCACACACGUACAUUAUAACUGUUUGGGGUAAAAUUAGUCAAAUCUUUGUGAAUCUUUGCCAGUCACUUCCUGUUCAUCAUCAUCAUCAUCAUCAUCACCACAGCCUCAGUGUGUGAGUCAGACACUCGCGCUCUCACAGGAAUCAAAGUGAAGAAAGAAAAUACUGAGAGGAGAAAGAAAAAUGAAUAAAAGAUCUUUCAUGUGUCUGUUCUGCCUCCUGACAACUGUGAGCAUAGACAGUACGAAUACCGUGGACAUUCAGGUCACUGAGAAGGAAAAUGGCUUACAACUGACGUGUACUGGAGGAACGUUUCAAGUAAACGGCAACGGCACUUCAACAUUAGAUCUUACAUGGGAUAAAUCUGGAGAUUAUAAGUGUGAAGACAUCAACUCCCCUGAAAACCAAAUUAUAAUGACAGUAAAGAUGCGAUCAAGUGAGGAUCUGAUUCAGCUGGACACCACAGCGACCAUCGCUAUAUUGUUGGGUGAUAUCGCUGCCACAGUCCUGAUCGGUUGGGCUGUUUACAGCAUCUGUGCUCAACCCAAACCCAAGAGCACCUAUCAGGGUAACAAAGCCUCUGACAGACAGAAUUUAAUCAAUAAUGCUGCCGGAGACACUUAUCAGCCUCUGGGCAGCCGAUCAGACGAUUACAGCAUGCUUCAGCCAAACCGCAAGAAUAAAAACAAAGCUCAACCACUUUCACCCUAAAAUGACAUUAAAACAAAUCUUCUCAUCAUAAUUCAGCUCAAUGUCAGAAUAUAUGUUUUGUUCCAACCACAGUUUUAUAAACGCUUUUAAUCCUAUAGAGACACACGAUAAACACAACUCUUCCACUUCAAUUAUUCAAUGAUGAGAAAUACAUAAAAAAAAGAUCUAAAUAAUUAAAGGAACUUGAUAAACAUCUCGUAUUUGGUAACGCUUAACAAAAAAAACAUGAACUAAGAUUAAUGAGUGUUGUAGACAUUUUCUUCUUUUACUAACAAAUAAAAAUGUAUGAUGUUAGCGUGCAUUUCAAUAAAACAUUUCCACUUUGUCUUGAACAAAAGAAAACAUUUUUAAAAUCAGAUAAAGUCUUCAUUUCACCUGCUGUACUUUGUAUUCUUAUUUCCAUUCACAGUUCCUGUAAAUGUUUAUGAAUUUUUGCUAUAAAAGUUUAUACACACACGUGAUUAAUAAAUCAUGCAAAAUCAUUUAUUGACUUUUAUUUUCAUACUUCUGUUUCAUGAAUUAGUAAAUAAAUGUUUUUAAAUGACUCUCAUCUUUCUAGUGAGAUGAUGAUUGGUUGUUUUAAAGUCGUUUCAUCUGAAUAAUUAAAAGUAGAUUUUAAUAUUAAACAUUGAUUGUUUUUGUUUUUCUGUCAUAAAUGUCUUCUGUUAGCUCAUGUGUGUAUAAAAUACUGUUUUGAUCAAAUAUGUGUGUAUGAAAUAGCCUAAAAUUUUACUCAAAAUUGUGAGAAACAGAGCCGCAUUAUUUGUGAAAUUAUUUUGUCUUAAUUCUCAUUAAGGUUUGUAAAGUUAGUGAUGUUGUUCUGGUCAUCGUUUAUGUUCCUCACAACAGCUACAGCAUCAACUUCUUAUUUCACAAUAAAGUGCACAUGAAAUCA